AUGACCGCUCCACGGAAACAAAUGCAACUAAACUUUUUCAAGACUGCAUGCACGGGAAGCCAUGUAGCCAUCGGCCAUUGGAAAGAUCCAAAGGACAGUUCUAGGGGAAAAGACCGUCUCGGCUACUAUACAUGGCUCGCCAAGACAGCAGAGAAAGGGAAAAUAUCCUCUCUCUUCUUUGCGGAUGUGUACAGUCCCCAUGAAGUUUAUGGAGGCAAUGGGGACGCUGCCUAUCGGGGAGGCUCUCAGAUUGCAAGACUCGAUCCUACUAUUUUAGUGUCCGCAAUGGCGCAAGUAACCAAAUCCUUGUGCUUUGGAAUCACGGGGAGCACAUCAUACAUUCCUGCAUACAUGCUUACCAGAAUGUGGUCUACAAUGGAUCACAUUACCGAUGGCCGUAUUGGUUGGAACAUCGUGACAAGUUAUAGUACGCCAGCCGCAAAAGCGUUUGGACACGAUGCUGUAGUUCCGCACGAUGAACGAUACACUGCUGCGGAAGAAUACAUGGAACUAGUAAGGGACAGGUUAUGGGAGAAAUCUUGGGAGGAUGGUGCCCAACUAUGGCAAGCGGAGCCGGAAAUGGCGUACGACCCCAGCAAAGUCCAUAGAAUUGAGUUCAAUGGCAAAUAUCAAAAGUUUUCUGGCUACGGGCAGCUUCACCCUUCGCCACAGCGAACACCAGUUCUAUUCCAGGCUGGAUCCAGCAAAGCCGGUGUCGGAUUCUCUGCCAAAAAUGCGGAGGCAGUAUUCACAAGCCACCCCACAAUCUCACGUCUUCGCGCGUAUGUAGAUAAUUUACGUGCCGAGGCUACUAAGAACGGACGAGAUGGUCAAUCGAUCAAAGUCUUCACAGCAAUCUUGCCAGUGGUUGAAAGAACCGAGGAAGAGGCUCAGGCGAAGCUCAAGAAGGCUCUCGAUCAAACGAGCUGGCAAGGUGGCCUAGCCAGAUUUGGAGGUUUCACUGGUGUUGAUCUUUCGAAAUAUCCUUUGGACGAGGAGUUCGACUUCGAGGGAAAGAAAUACGAAAUAGGUAUACACAGCCUUGUUGAGACUUUCAAGCAUCUCUCGGACAAUGAGAAAUGGACCCCGAGAAAAGUCGGAACCGCAAUGGCAUCAGGAGGCCUAAGUCCCGUGCCCGUAGGUACACCACAGCAAGUUGCCGAUGUCUUUGAAGAAUGGUUCGUCAAGGGCGAUUGUGACGGUUUCAAUAUGUCUUAUUUGUCAAAUCCUGGAAGUUGGGAAGAUGUCGUUGAGUUACUCAUUCCCGAGUUGCAGAGGAGGGGUAUCUAUUGGACCGAUUAUGCUGUCCCGGGAGGUACCUUCCGGGAAAAUAUGCGUGGAAAAGCCGGAGAGAAUUUGUUACCAGAUGACCACCCUGGAGCAAAAUUGAGGUGGAAUGCGAAGUCAACAGUCGAUCAUUAA